AUGCUGUUUCCCGUCAAUGUCUGCACUCGUGAAAUGGUCCGGAAUGGCGAGUGUCCCAUGGAGAAACUGAGCAGCGACCCCUAUGACUUCAUCAAGCUGGAAUACUCGACCGCUUAUUUUAUGCAAUGUGACGACAGCUGGAUCCUGCCAUCGACGGCCGGCGAAUCCGGAUGCAUCCCAAGUUUGCACGUAGCGGGAGGCCUCGCACCGGACGACCCUGAAGUAUUUCGCGGUGAAGUCAAGGAUCUCGACUACAACAGGAUCAAGGAUAAGUUUUGUCGUGUGGGUGUUCCGGCGAAUGGCGACUGUGUUCUGCCUCCGCUUUCCGGGUUUAAGCUGCCGAAGCGUCUUGAAGAUGCUGGCUUCAAAGAGGCGAUGGUAACCCCGUGCAGCUACAAACAGCGCGGCGAGAAGAUUGAAAAGGAUUGCGUGUUGCUGGACCUGAUGAUGGACGGAAAGGUGGUGAUUGCCGAUCGGAAUGGGCAUGGCCCGUAUGCGACGCUACAAUCCCGAAACGACAGCCUGACGAUGACCUGGAAGGUCGAUAACAACUAUCCGUACAGCUUCCCCCGUUGCAUCGAUCUGUCCAACCAAGUCGGCCUGCCGGAAAAUCACUUUGACACGGCCCUCAGCGACAGCUUUCUAAACUGCGCCAAGAACCCCUACUACGCGAGGGCGAAGGAGGGGCAGAUCACCAUCGACAGCGUCGAGCCGUUCAAUUGCAACACCGACAAGGAGCUCCGCCGGCUCCUCUGCCGCACUACCAACCAAACAUUGACAUCCGCCGCCGAGGCGAGCACGAAGGCCGCUCGCUCUCGCAUACUUGACUACGUCUCCUGGUUUGAGUGGUGGACUUGCGGUUGCUUCUUCCUCGGUGCCUUCGUAGCGCCGCUGCUUGGCUUCGCGUACAUCGCAUUUCGUUCGCGAUCCAUUCCGGUACCGGUGGUGGAGACACAGCCAAAAUGGAAAAUCCCCUCCAAGGAGUCCCUGGCGGCCAUCGACAAAUUUGUGAAAAACGCCUGUAAAACGAAAGACCUGCUCGAUGACUGUCUGCCACCCGGCAUGCCUGACGAGGCUGAAUGUCAAGUGUUUAUGGAGCACAAGGAUGAGAACCGGUGCCAGACUACCCGGCUGCUGGACAAAUCCCGGUACAAAAUUGAGGGCGACGAUAAAUUCUACAUCAAUGCCAGCAAAUUCAGCAUGAAAGGCUGCAAGGCGAAAUGGGUGAUGACACAGGCACCUCUGCCCGGAACCCGCGAGGCUUUUUGGAUCAUGAUCGAAGACCUGUUGAAGAACGCAAUCGUCAGCAUCAUCUGCAUGAAUUCGUUCGAGCCGGUGCUCGAGGGAGACACUUGGUUCCCCGACCUUCGCAAGGCACACGCGACGCCUGUCGGGGAUGGGGAAUGUCGGCUCUGCAGGUUCGGCAAGAUGUCGCCGACUGCUGUCAAGGUGGAGCGGGCCCCGACGUUGCGCAAUAUCCAAAUCGCUAAUCUGCGAAGCGAGGGGUACCCGACGACCGGCUGGGAAGAGCUGUUCAACGUCCUCCUCGUCCACAAGGCCCCCCUGACGAGAGAUGCGGAUAUUAGGGCGGAGCAAGUGGAGGGCCGUGAUCGCUACGAAGGACAUCAUCUCCGGAACAUCAUCUUCUGCCGCGCUAUCCUCCAGACAGUCCAAUUUGCCUAUUGGGAAAACAUUGACUACUACGUGUUGCAAUCUGCAAACGGCACCGGAACUGCCGCCAUCUUCGUCAUGGUCUACGUCAUCAUCGAGCGGCUGCGGAACGGCAUGGAAACCACGGUAGCUGAGGUGCUCGAGGAACUUCGCACCCACGUCCCGGCAGCAAUCGCCACCGCCGAGCAGUACUUGGCCGUCUACGCAUGCGUCCUCAUGUAUACCCAGGCCCACCUGAAGACUCGAUACGGCAAGGAGCUCCAGAGCGCCAUCGGUUUCCAAUGGGAACAUCGCUUCGGCCAACAUCGUCUACGUUCUCGCGUCGAUGAUGCUGCGCCCGUCGCCGAGUUAUGUCUGCGUCUCCUG